UUACUGAACAACGUGAUAGAAGCAACUAUACUGAAAGGAAAGUAUAAAGGAGAGGAUGUUCUCAUACCGUGCAUCCCAAUGAUUCCGACUGAUGUGCCAUUUGAGUUUAAACGACUACAGUUUCCAGUGCGGCUUGCUUUUGCUAUGACCAUAAACAAGUCCCAGGGGCAAUCAUUAAGUGUUUGUGGUAUUAAUUUGGAAAACCCAUGUUUCUCACAUGGUCAAUUAUAUGUUGCCUGUUCCCGUGUUGGGAAACCAUCAGAUUUGUUUGUCUAUGCGCCAGGUGAUCAAACAAAAAACAUCGUAUACCACAAAGCACUACAAUGAAAAUAUAACUGAUUUUUGUUAAUAAUUAUAAUUGAAAUGAUUAACAAUAAAGCAAUUCCUUACUUAUAAAUGCUUAUAUAUGUUUUAUUUAAUUAUUUUUUAUUCACACCGCCCUAUCACCAGGGUGACGGUUCUGUUCAGGAGAAUUUUUAGCGUCGAAUAUAACAUGUGUAGGAACAAAAAAAUUGCAAAAUUAAAAAUCUACUGGACAGGACGAGUACGGUGACGGGGAGGUGAUACACAAAUAUGUAAUUAUAUUUGUUAUUUUUAUUCAUUGAAGAGGUACGAUUUUUAACGUGCAACGAAGUGCACGGGGAUCAGCUAGUAACGUAUAAUAAUGUAUUAUAUUAUAUUAUAUUAUAUUAUACUAGCUUUAAGUGUAACUCGGGGCCCGUUGGACUCGCUGAGAGUGGGUACCGAUUUUGAAGACAAUGUCGUUGGAAUUGUAAAAGUUACGACAGUAAAGUUGUAAGACGAAAAUUUAGGAUUCGUGAUAAGGAUUAGUGAUAUGGAUUGGAGAUAAGGCUUGGCGUUUUGACGGCUAUGUUUAAAAGUUAGAGCGUCAAGCAAUCCGUCACAAACAUUGUAAAUGGAUAGGCUGGAUAAGAUAUCCUGUAUUCCUGUGUUAUU